GUCGUUUUGGCAAAAAAAGAGUAUCCAAAAAUGGUGUGUAUUCGGUGCUAUAAGCCUCCGUUUCUCGGUUCUGUGGUUUCUUCAAUCUCGGAUUUCUCCUUGCUCAAGCAAAACUCAAAAUCCGCCAUGGAAGCACAAGAAGGAACUCAGCAACCGCAACUCAUACUAGCCCGCAGCGUCUUCCUCCUGAAGCAUCCUGAUGUUGCGGACAUCGAGAAGGUCCGCCUCAAGGACGAGGUGAUCGCAUCGGUCAAAGCCGAUGAUAUGGCUCCGUUUUUAGAAACCCUAGUGGCGCAGAAGGUGGCGGAGUUGGAUCAGAGCGUCUUGGAGUCAAUGCGUGCCAACAACGAGAAAGAGGUUAAGAAGCUCGAUGAGAAGAUAGCUGAUGCCGAAGAGAACUUAGGUGAAAGUGAAGUUCGAGAAGCCCAUUUAGCUAAAUCGCUUUACUACAUUCAAAUAGGUGAUAAGGAGAAAGCAUUGGAACAAUUAAAGGUCACAGAGAGCAAGACAGUCGCAGUUGGGCAAAAGAUGGAUUUGGUGUUCUACACAUUGCAGAUUGGCUUUUUCUACAUGGAUUUUGAUCUUAUCUACAAGAGCAUUGAUAAAGCAAAGAACUUGUUUGAAGAGGGAGGUGACUGGGAAAGAAAGAAUCGUUUGAAAGUGUAUGAAGGCCUGUACUGCAUGGCCACUCGAAAUUUUAAGAAGGCCGCCAAUUUGUUUUUGGAUUCAAUUUCAACCUUCACAACUUAUGAACUCUUUCCUUAUGACACCUUCAUAUUUUACACUGUGCUUACAAGCAUUAUAUCAUUGGAUAGAGUUUCCCUGAAGCAGAAGGUUGUCGAUGCUCCUGAGAUCUUGACAGUUAUUGGGAAAAUUCCUUGCCUGUCAGAGUUUUUGAACUCUCUAUAUGAUUGUCAGUAUAAAUCAUUCUUCUCAGCAUUUGCUGGCCUGACAGAACAAAUAAAGUUGGACCGCUAUUUGCAUCCACACUUUCGGUUUUACAUGAGGGAAGUCAGAACUGUUGUCUAUUCUCAGUUUCUUGAAUCAUACAAGAGUGUUACUAUUGAAGCAAUGGCAAAGGCUUUUGGAGUCACUGUGGAGUUCAUUGACCUGGAGCUAUCUCGUUUCAUUGCGGCAGGAAAGCUUCAUUGCAAGAUUGACAAAGUUGCUGGUGUUCUUGAAACUAAUCGCCCUGAUGCCAAGAAUGCUCUCUACCAAGCAACUAUCAAGCAAGGAGACUUCCUAUUAAACCGAAUCCAGAAGUUGUCACGUGUCAUUGACCUAUGAAAUUUGUUAGGGAUUCUGGGCCUGUUGAGAAGUACUGCCAACAUUCAGCAGCUUACAAGGAAUAUUGAGCAUGGAGUAUUCAUGUUAAAUGCGUUCCAGUCAUGACUGUGCUCAAGUUUUUACUUUACAGUUAAGGAAUAUUUGUUACACUCUUUUUAUGCCUGUUGAAUGAAUCCCAUUUGAGUACUAGGCUCUCAGUGGGGCUUUUGUGCUUGAAAAUGAUAGCGUUUUUUAGGUCUUGCCAUUGGAAUUCUGUUGAGUACCUUUUAAUUCUCCUUUGAUUUGUCGUAUUCCUGAAGGCAAAAUCAUGUAAUAUCUGUGGCAAUUUAUGUGGACUAGGACAUAAUGGUAUAUGCCAUUCAGGUUCGAACCACAGUUCAUGAACAUUUACGAUAGGAAAAAGACUUGAUUUGAAUCCAAAUGACCUCUAACUUCUAAAUCAAUGGAAUUAUCACUG